AUGGAGCUGGGAAGAGCUAAACUUCUGAGAACAGGUCUUAAUGCUUUGUACCAGGCCAUCCACCCGGUGCAUGGGAUUGCAUGGACAGAUGGCAAGCAAGUGGCCCUGACUGCUUUGCACUAUCAUAACAAAGAGCUGAAGUUUGGAGACUCGAUCGUUAUUGGUCAGUUCGACCAUGUCCAUGGGCUUUACUGGAGCGCAUGCCUUUCUGCCAACACACCUGCUCUGCUUGCGAUCCAGCAUAAGAAGCACGUUAGUGUCUGGCAGCUGUGCCACGAUACCUCGGAGAAGAAAAAGCUCCUGGUUUCUCAGACCUGUGAAGUGGGCGAGCCAUUCCAAUUGCUUCCUCAGGGCUGCGUGUGGCAUCCGAAGAAGGACAUUUUAUCAGUACUUACCAAAAGGGAUGCUUCUGUUUUGUAUGCUGUCCGUUCCGACAACUCCAGGAUUAAAGCGGAUAUCAAAAGCAGCGGUCUCAUCCACUGUGCUUGCUGGACGAAGGAUGGCAACCGCCUGGUCAUUGCCAUAAGCAGUGCUCUUCAUUCCUACAUAUGGGACGAUGCUCAGAAGACCUUAAAUGCUUGUUCCUUUUGCCCAAUAUUUGACGUUGGAGGCUACAUCUGUGCUAUCCAAGCCACGCUGGAUUUCCAGGUUGCUGUGGCUACUGAACUUCCCCUUGAUAAGAUAUGUGGCUUGAAUGCAGGUAUUACAUUUGACUUGCCAGCAGGUACUGAAACAGGUUCUCUGGCUUCACAGUCCACACUGGUGCUUGGGGAUGAGGAAUACUCAAUGGAUUUGAGAAGGAAGUCUAUAGAUUCAGAUAAAUCGGUAACCGUUGAUUCUGUAGCCUCAUCUUCAUCAGGCCCAGUUGAUUUAACCCACAUCCUUGCAAACCACCGGAGAUCUGACCCCAGUCCCCUCAUCCCUUUGAGAAGGAAAGAUUAUUCUUCAGGAGGAACUGGACAAGAUUCUUCACAUUUGAUCUUGGUUACAUUUGAAGGAAAGGUAACCACAACCAGAAAAGUCAGCAUUCCAGGCAUUUUGGUCCCUGAUAUAAUUGCCUUUGACCUCAGAGCUCAAAUUGUGGCAAUAGCUUCUAAUACUUGUAACAUUGUUUUGGUCUAUUCAGUAACCUCAUCUUGCAUGCCCAACAUUCAACAAAUCCAAUUAGAGAAAAGUGAGCGGCCCAAGGGGUUAACCUUUUUGACAGAUCACCUCUUGUUAAUUUUGAUUGGCAAGCAAAAGUUCAUCGAUCCUGCACUUAUUCCCUCUUCUAACUCAGACAGAUAUAUUAUCCGCCUGAUGAUCAAGGAAUUAUCAUUUGAAGAAAAGCCAACAGCAAAACAUGAUGCUGCUCGAAGUCUGCCAUUUAGUUUUGAGUCCUCGGUGAACCUUCCUGGGAAAAGAAAAUACUUUGAGAAUCUUGCUUCAGAGGAUCACAUUGUAGGCCGGGGGCUUUUAAUACCAGGGAGCACUGUCAUCCAGUCGCCUAGCGGAAGGAGGCACAUGCUUGAAGAAGUGAAGAGUCCUAGUUAUGAGCAAAGUUCAUCAUCCAGUGUGAGUGAUUUUGAUGAGAGAAGACUCUUUGGAGAUCCAUCCGUUGCUCUAGAAAUGUUGGAUACUGAACCAAUUAAUCGAUCAGUGGCCCUGUUUGGUCUUGGAACACCUACUAGAUUUUCAGGUAGAUCAGUUUCUCCUAAAGACAUGCAAGAAAGUUUAAGUUCUCCUAAAAACAAUGCCUUAGCUAGUGAAAAAGGAGCAAAUCAGAUAUCCAGAAAUUUGGAACGUUUGUGUGGCAGUUUCAAUGACUUACAACUGCGACUUGUUGAACUAACAGAAUUCACAAAAAAUGGGAAGAGGUUAUCUCUAACCUAUCCAUCUUCUCAAGAGCCACCUUUUGUUCACAUCACCUAUCAGAAAGCUUUUCAUGCUGAAGGUCACAAAAUGAAAAAAAGUGUUCUUCUCUGUGAUGGCAAAGUUCAUUUGAGUUUAGUCCAGCAUCUUUUUGACCUUCCUAUUGUUGAAAUGAAAUAUGGUUCUUCUUGGAUUGUUCUUACUGCAGAUGGUGAAGGUUUUAUCCCAUUGACAUUUAAAGCAAACCAAGAGAUCAUAAUAAGAGAGGGGGGUGAUAGUUUGGAAGCCCGUCAUAGUCCCUCCUUUAAUCGAAAAGCGUCUUUGCAGCCAGCAAGCAGUGUGACAUAAUGAAGCAAUUGUUCUCAAACCUUGUUUGUCAACGUAAAAACUUCAUUGGGUAGAAAACGAUCGGCAGGGCCUUUGAUUGCAUUUUAACUGCAACUCGUGUGGCUUGUGUUCCACAAUAGGUAGUUCUCAUAAGGAUUCGUUCUGCAAAAUCACAGUACAGCAUGCCUGUGUCACCAGUGAUUGCAGACUGAGAUUCCCAGAGAACACUCAGUUAAAAGUGAUGCCAUGAGAGUGGAGAAAUAUUGCCAUAUUCGGAUUUGUUUAAAUUCUGGCCAUGAAAAGCAAACCAUGAACAAAGUUUUUUUCUUCUUGUACUUGGUUGGAAGACAUCUGGACUGUCAUGUGGCUUAUUCAAACUUUGUUCCAGAACAUCUGUGUUACUUGUUCUUUUUAUUGCCACCACCUCUAUGCUGCACAGUAAGCCUUGAGGAGCCUUUAAGAUUGUGCAGGAGUUUUGUUCCUUCAUAAAGUACUAAACAGUAGGGGAAAAAACCUGUAGCCUUCUAGCACUACGAUAAUACUGUAAUCCAAUUUUGAUAUGACGUAGCAUGACUGCUUUUAAAUGAAAAAAGAGGGAAUAGAAAAGGGGGGAAAGGAAUGUCUUGUUAAUGCAGCUCCUGCAUUAUACCUAAGUUAGCCCUAACAUGCAGCUGUUCUUUCUCCAUCUGUAUGGGCCUGAAUUCUAUUGACUAAUACUGUACUGAGCUCUUAACUCUGACACAAAUUUAAUACAAUAGUUUCCCCAAAAUUCAGCACUGAAGUUUGUUUAUGUUACAACAUUACACUGGUUCAACUUUCAGGGUUUCUCUUCACAGAACAUUGGGAACUGUCAUUCUCUGAUGUUGUGUAAGCUGUGGCAGUACCACUAUGACAGUACCAAGUUCUGUGGUGGAAGUCAUGACAAUUAAACAUUAUAAAUUAUGUAAUUUAUAUAAAUUCCCAGAAUUAUGUGGACCUUGAAACUCUGGUUACAAAAAAAUUAGAGAUAAAUGUAAAUUCUUCCCCACAAAGCUUUUGUGUUUUUAAUACAAAGGCAACUUGUUUUAUGCCUGAUGAUGACACACAAAGGUAGAACUAGCCUAAAUGUAUAUUGUCACAGAAACUACUACUACUAUUAAUAAUAAGAAUCUUAGAACUGCA